GAGGUCAAAAUUCGGUACCCGGCAUUCCCGUCUCCAAAAUGGCCGCCGUCGGAAGGAACGGGGGAGGUGGGCGGACAAAACCGCCGCUUUCGCCGAUUCCUGUGGCUUAAACUUGACCUUUACACUCGCAAAAUCCUUACUAAGAAUGUCAGGGAACAUUUGGACUUGAAGCCGGACAUCUAAGCACUGCGAGACACAUGCCAGAGACCUAGAAACAGCCGGUAACACUACGGGGCAUCCAGCAAUCAGUCUUGAUACCCACACCACAGACAAGGAGACGUUCUUGUGCCUUGACUGUCACAAAAAACAACAAACGAAAAAAAAAUACAUAUUUCGUGAUAGGUAGUGAUGUAGUGAUAUGACACAUCCACACUACCUUUAUGAUCGUGACUUCCUGGUUAGGAUACCUCUUAGGAGCUGAAGUUGCACACAUCUUACACCUCUUCUUGGAAAGAACCUUCCCCAACUCCUUGAGAAAGCUGCAGACCACUGGAGACUCCUCAGAACUUGAUGUAAGGAACUGUAGUGCUUGUGCGUGUACUAUGGGGAACGCUUGUCUGUGUCGAGACCAGGACAGUACCGCAGAUGAGGGGGAACAUGGAAACAACGCGUACACGAGUAACCCGCAGUCAGGAUGGACUAACGCUGCGCCGGUUACUAACAACCACGCACCGGUAGUGACCGCCGCGAGUGAUCAGGGCGACAACCGGGACCGGAGAAGACCGCCGAGGCGGCCGGCGCCGCAACCGCCGGUUGCGAGGGUGGUCGGGAUGCGGCCGAGGAAAGUGACCAUCGACGAACUUGUGAUGAACACGCUGGCGGUCAUACGGGAACUCGUGGACAAUGAACAAGAGCCGCCGUAUGCCAUGUUGGCCCUUCACGACAUCGCAGAGAAAGAGGCAGGCUGGCUGAGUGUUGUCCACUCCUUGAUUAAUGUGAUCCCCAUGGAUGACCCCCUGGGCCCAGCGGUCAUCAUUCUGCUGUUGGACGAAUGUCCACUCCCAACCAAGGAGUCUAUACUGAAGUUGUCAUCUAGCCUGAGUCUUUGCAAGAGGAUAUCCAGACUGGGUCUGCAGCAUCCAGCCCGACACAGGAACAUAGCGGCAGUGCUGGGCUGUAUAGCCGAGAAACUGGCAGGUCCAAAUAGUGUAAGCUUGCUGACCGAGGGAAACUUGGAAUACCUUCUAGCAAAUCUGGACCCUCAGUGUCAUCCUGCAGUCAUCUUACACUCCAUAAUAGCAUUAGAAAAGUUUUCACAAACCAGCGAGAACAAGGCAAUUGUAGCAAAAACUGGCGUGACGGGCCACCUGAUCAUCCUGGAGAAAUGGGUCAACGACCCCAAGUUCCUAAGGAGACAAGUGGGCUUCUGUGCGCAGUGGUGCCUAGACAAUCUCUUUUUGAAGGAUGGGAGAACACUUACAUACGAGAGUGCAGACUUAAAAGGCAUCAAUGUACUACUGAACAGCAACGACACCAGCGAAUAUCUCAAAAUAUCACCACACGGUUUAGAGGCACGGAGUGACGCGUCAUCCUUUGAGAGUGUACGCUGCACAUUCUGUGUAGACGCCGGGGUCUGGUACUAUGAGGUGUUGGUCGUCACCGCAGGAGUCAUGCAGAUCGGCUGGGCCACCAAGGACAGCAAGUUCCUCAACCAUGAAGGAUACGGCAUCGGUGAUGAUGAGUUUUCCUGUGCAUACGACGGCUGUAGGCAACUCAUCUGGUACAACGCAAAAUCUCGCCCUCACGCACACGAAGCCUGGAAGGAAGGUGAUGUUUUGGGGUUCCUGCUAGACUUGGACAACAAACAGAUCGUUUUCUCUCUCAAUGGGAACAACCUAGAUCCAGAGAGGGAUGUCUUCAAAUCAGCUAGGUCGGGUUUCUUUGCUGCUGCCAGCUUCAUGUCCUUCCAGCAGUGCAUUUUUAACUUCGGUGCUGAAGACUUCAGGUACCCGCCGCCCCUGAACUUCAGCAAGUUCAACGACCACGCAGAGCUGUCCAACGAAGACAAGGUCAUCUUACCAAGGCAUAAGAAGAUGGCCCUGCUGCGAGAGCUGAGCUUCAAGGAAAACUGCUGCAAUCUCUGCUUCGACAACCAGGCAGACACAGAACUCAGGCCAUGUGGGCACAGGGAUCUCUGUAUGACCUGUGCGAUCCAGAUCGAGUCUUGUCCGAUCUGCCGGGAACCCAUCCAGCAAAGGGUAGAGGUCACGUAGCGAAGCCCACACUAUGCUGCCCAAUGCGUCUCAAUCCAGUGCCUGCCAAGAUUAAUCACCGCUGACAAUUUGCUGACCUAAUCUGCAUGGUGUGUGUGCCUGCUUUCUUUUGCAUGUCCUGUGCAUUUUAAUAAAUGAAUCUGUUGAAUUGAUUCAUAUUUUACAGCACCUUUAAUAGCAAUGACCGAAAUUGUCAUACUUGUAAACUUAGCACAGUACAUGAUUAGCCAGUGUUAUACAAUUUCUUGCUGUCACAAGAUUGUGCCUCCUCACUGAGAGACACCUCUAACUCGAGAGAACCAUUCCCAUUCCUAGCCCUUGUCCUGCUGGCAUAUUUUUCACAAUAUUUUUCAACAAUUUCAAGUCUUAAUCAGGUCAUAUAGACCCCCAACUUUUUUUGCCCUCCGGUGAUGUAGUUACUCCCGCAUUUGUUGCGGUGCAGUGUGAUGCAUUGCAAGAGAAAUACCCCGAAAUUGUACCUAUACAGAGUGCUAUAUAGGUGGUACCGUAUGUGCAAAACAACAAUUGUUGGGCUCCACAGGACAAGGGCUAGAAGUACAACAUGUACCAAAACCAAGCAUAUACUGUAUUCUCUUCACAACCUUUUAGACAACAAUGCAUAAAUGUUGUUAGUGGGAAAAAGGAUACAGUACUUGUAAAAGGAUACAGUACUUGUUACAUAAGGCUUACAGUAUUGAGUAAAACAAUCUUUCACAGUAGUUGUUAAGUGAAGAGUACCUGUUUGCAUUCUAAGCAAGACUUCACUGAAAUUCCAGCUUUUUUGCCAGUAUUCAAAGAUACAUACACGUAUGGUUAAAUUUGUAAUUUAUGUACCAUAAUGGGUUUGUCGCUCAUGUCUGCAUAAUAGUUUUAAGCAAUGUUUGUAGUUGAAGAACAACAGUUAUAUUCUGUUGUCAUCACUCAGUGUCAUCUGCACAAUGGGAACAAAUUUCUCUCUCUUUGAUAGCUUACAUAUACAUGUAUAUAAUGUUAACAACAACAGUCUACCUAGCAUACAUUUAGUGCAAGACAACCAGUCAGAAUAUGUCAUUUUCAUGUCUUUCACGUCACAUCACUUUAAAGUAAAGAUGGCAAAGUAGAUCACGUUUUAUACACUAGUGAAGAUUUUAUCGGAGUCGAAUAAAACAACUUUCAAUGCUGAAGCACUUUUAGGCACAGAAUGUUCUGGCGUUGCACUGCGGCCUUACAAAAAAUCCCUGAAUACCUGUGUUAAUUCGGCUGUCAAGUCCAAAAUCUGUAUGUAUAUCCCCAUUGUAUUUCAGGCUUCUUUUUCCACAAGAUUUGGACUAGCUUCCUUUUUUACUUCAGCCAGAGAUCAAGCAAGCAAUAAUGUUGUGAUUUAAUAGUAAGAACAAAUUUAAAGGUGGUACUUUUGCAGCCAUUUUGUUGCACAGGGAAUUUGGAAAUGUAACGAUGGCUUUGAUUGGAUCUGGCGUCUGCCAUGCAGACAUGCCAACCAAUGAAACACGUUUUUCCAUGCGAGGCAGUUUGAAGGGCAGGAACAAACGUCAGUGUGUGGCAUACCGCUUUGUACUGCAUUGUAUAGACUGUCUAUCUAUGCAGUGUAUUGUAAUACAUGUAUUUAACAGUUGGGGGGUUCUUAGAACAGGUAUUGCCUUGUUGAAAUGUUACAGCUACAAACUUUUUGUAGCUAUUUUGUCUACUGUUACUGUACAAGAUUUCUGAGCAUGGUAAAUUUCAACUUGUCAAACUUUCUGCUGCUUGCAUUGGUGUCACCACUGUUCAUCUACCCGAUAAUGUACACUAUAAUGUUAUAUGGGCAAGUUUGUGUGCUGCUACCCUGCCUACAAAUAUAUGCAUGACAGAAAUGUCCAACUCCAGAUUAUAACAACUGUACAUAGUAAACCUUCCACUGUGUACAGUCAGUUUUGUGUAAAUAAAGAGGAAUUUAC